AUGGCCGGCGCUCUCAGCGGACUGACACGUGUGCGCAAAUUCCAUCAGGACGACGCGCACGUGUUCUGUACAUCGGAUCAGAUUGCGGCUGAGGUAGGCACGUGUAUCAAGAUGAUCACACGAAUUUACAGCGCCUUUGGAUUCAAGUUCUCUUUUGCCCUCUCAACCCGGCCGGUGGACUAUAUUGGCGAAGUGGCUCAGUGGGACCAGGCCGAGGACGCGCUCAGGGACUGUUUAGCGCGCGAAGAAUGCAAGUAUGUUUAG